CCAAGGAGUCAACCAAGGAGUCAGCCAAAGAACCUGAUGCCAGCUGUCAGACCCUCCUGAGGACUUCAGCCUGCUCCUUCCUGUCCACCACACACCCACCUGAACCAGAGGCCACAACCAUGACGAAGGACCAGAAUGGAACCUGGGAGAUGGAGAGUAAUGAAAACUUUGAAGGCUACAUGAAGGCCCUGGAUAUUGAUUUUGCCACCCGCAAGAUCGCAGUACGUCUGACUCAGACAAAGAUCAUUGAUCAAAACGGCGAUAACUUCAAGACAAAAACCACCAGCACAUUCCGCAACUAUGACUUGGAUUUCAUCGUGGGCGAGGAGUUUGAAGAGUACACCAAGGGCCUGGAUAACCGGAAAGUUCAGUCACUGGUCACCUGGGAAGGCAAUGUUCUCGUGUGCGUGCAAAAGGGGGAAAAGGAGAACCGUGGCUGGAAGCAGUGGGUUGAGGGAGACAAGCUGCACCUGGAGCUGACGUGCCUUGACCAGGUGUGCCAUCAGGUGUUCAAAAAGAAGUAAUGGCCGCAAAGCACCUGCCGAGCAUGCACCACACACUCCCCAAAGGGAAUUUUUCAUGGUCUUUGGGGAACAGUCACAGGGACUGUCCCACUCCUGAAAGACCAUCAAGACA